GGGCUGCAACUCCAGUACCAUGUGCGACGGCGCCCUGCUGCCCCCGCUCGCGCUGCCCCUGCUGCUGCUGCUGCUGUGGGGACUGGACCCGGGCACAGCUGUCGGCGACUCGGCGGCCGACGUGGAGGUGGUGCUCCCGCGGCGGGUGCGCCCCGACGACGUGCACCUGCCGCCGCUGCCCGGCGCCCCGGGGCCCAGACGGCGCCGGCGUCUCCGCGCGCCCCUCGCCGCCCCGCGCGUCCGGCCCGGCGAGCGCGCCCUGCUGCUGCACCUGCCGGCCUUCGGGCGCGACCUGUACCUGCAGCUGCGCCGCGACCUGCGCUUCCUGGCCCGCGGCUUCGAGGUGGAGGACGCGGGCGCCACCGCGCGCCGCGGACGCCCCGCCGACCUGUGCUUCUACUCCGGCCGCGUACUCGGCCACCCCGGCUCCCUGGUCUCGCUCAGCGCUUGCGGCGCCGCCGGCGGCCUGGUUGGCCUCAUCCAACUUGGGCAGGAGGAGGUGCUCAUCCAGCCCCUCAACAAUUCCAGGAGCCCGCUUGGUGGACGAGAGCAUCUCAUCAGGCGCAGAUGGUCCUUGGCGCCCAGCCCCACUGCCACCACAGACGCCCAGACUCCUGGGCAGCCCUGCAAGGUUCUGACAGAAAAGAAGCCGAGGAAGGGCAGGCCUUUGGGGGACCGGCGGGAGCGGAGGAACGCCAUCCGGCUCACCAGCGAGCACACGGUGGAGACCCUGGUGGUGGCCGACGCCGACAUGGUGCAGUACCACGGAGCAGAGGCUGCCCAGAGGUUCAUCCUCACAGUCAUGAACAUGGUAUACAAUAUGUUUCAGCACCAGAGCCUUGGAAUAAAAGUCAACAUCCAGGUGACCAAGCUGGUCCUGCUUCGGCGACGGCCUGCCAAGUUGUCCAUCGGGCACCAUGGCGAGCGCUCCCUGGAGAGCUUCUGUCACUGGCAGAAUGAGGAAUAUGGGGGUGCACGGUACCUGGGCAACAAUCAGGUUCCAGGAGGGAAGGACGAUACACCCCCAGUGGAUGCUGCUGUGUUCGUGACCAGGACAGAUUUCUGCGUACACAAGGAUGAACCGUGCGACACCGUUGGAAUCGCUUACUUGGGAGGCGUCUGCAGCGCUAAGCGGAAGUGUGUGCUCGCCGAGGACAACGGGCUCAACCUGGCCUUCACCAUUGCCCAUGAGCUGGGCCACAAUUUGGGGAUGAACCACGAUGACGAUCACUCGUCCUGUGCCGGCAGGUCCCACAUCAUGUCAGGAGAGUGGGUGAAAGGCCGGAAUCCCAGUGACCUUUCCUGGUCCUCCUGUAGUCGAGAUGACCUUGAAAACUUCCUCAAGUCAAAAAUCAGCACCUGUUUGCUGGUGACGGACCCCAGGAGCCAACACGCGGUCCGCCUCCCUCAUAAGCUUCCGGGCAUGCACUAUAGUGCCAAUGAGCAGUGCCAGAUCCUGUUUGGCACCAAUGCCACUUUCUGCAAAAACAUGGAGCAUCUCAUGUGUGCCGGACUGUGGUGCCUGGUGGAAGGAGACACAUCCUGCAAGACCAAGCUGGACCCUCCCCUGGAUGGCACAGAGUGUGGGGCAGACAAGUGGUGCCGCGCCGGGGAGUGUGUGAGCAAGACGCCCAUCCCGGAGCACGUGGACGGAGACUGGAGCCUGUGGGGCGCCUGGAGCAUGUGCAGCCGGACCUGUGGGACUGGAGCCCGCUUCCGGCAGAGGAAAUGCGACAAUCCCCCGCCAGGGCCCGGAGGCACACACUGCCCAGGUGCCAGCGUGGAGCACGCGGUCUGUGAGAACCUGCCCUGCCCCAAGGGCCUGCCCAGCUUCCGGGACCAGCAGUGCCAGACACACGACAGACUGAGCAGCAAGAAGGGGCUGCUGACGGCUGUGGUGGUUGACGAGAAGCCGUGUGAACUGUACUGCUCGCCGCUGGGGAAGGAGUCGCCACUGCUGGUAGCCGACAGGGUCCUGGACGGCACACCUUGCGGGCCCUACGAGACCGACCUCUGCGUGCACGGCAGGUGCCAGAAAAUCGGCUGUGAUGGCAUCAUCGGGUCUGCAGCCAAAGAAGACCGGUGCGGGGUCUGCAGUGGGGACGGCCGGACCUGCCGCGUGGUGAAGGGCGACUUCAGCCACUCUCGAGGGACAGGUUACAUCGAAGCUGCUGUCAUUCCUGCUGGAGCUCGGAGGAUCCGCGUGGUGGAGGAUAAACCUGCCCACAGUUUUCUGGCUCUCAAAGACUCCAGUAAGAGAUCCAUCAACAGCGACUGGAAGAUAGAGCUCCCUGGAGAGUUCCAGAUCGCCGGCACCACUGUCCGCUAUGUCAGAAGAGGCCUGUGGGAGAAAAUUUCCGCGAAGGGACCAACCAAAAUACCACUGCAUUUGAUGGUGUUGUUAUUUCAUGACCAAAAUUAUGGAAUUCAUUAUGAAUAUACCGUUCCUGUAAAUCAUACUGCCGAAAAUCAGAGUGAGCCAGAAAAACCCCAGGACUCUCUGUUCCUCUGGACCCACAGCGGCUGGGACGGGUGCAGUGUGCAGUGCGGAGGCGGUGAACGCAGAACCAUCGUGUCCUGCACACAGAUUGUGAACAAGACCACGACGCUGGUGAAUGACAGCAACUGCCCGCAGGCUAGCCGCCCAGAGCCCCAGGUCCGCAGGUGCAACUCACACCCAUGCCAGGCACGGUGGGUGGCAGGCCCCUGGAGCCCCUGCUCAGCGACCUGUGAGAAGGGCGCCCAGCAUCGGGAGGUGACCUGCGUGUACCAGCUGCAGAAUGGCACACACGUCACCACGCGGCCCCUCUACUGCCAGGGGCCCCGACCUGCGCCCGUGCAGAGCUGUGAAGGUCAGGACUGUCUGUCCAUCUGGGAGGCGUCUGAGUGGUCACAGUGUUCUGCCAACUGUGGUAAAGGGACACAGAAGCGGAAGGUGACGUGUACCAACUCCCAAGGGAAAUGCGAUGCGUCCACGAGGCCGCGGGCUGAGCAGGAGUGCCAGGACUACUCUGGCUGCUACGAGUGGAAAACUGGGGACUGGUCCAAGUGCUCAUCCACCUGUGGGAAGGGCCUACAGUCCCGCGUGGUCCAGUGCAUGCACAAGGUCACCGGGCGCCAUGGCAACGAGUGCCCUGCCCUCGCCAAGCCAGCUGCCUACAGACAGUGCCACCAGGAGGUCUGCAACGACAAGAUCAAUGUGAAUACCAUCACCUCCCCUCGCCUCGCCGCCCUGACCUACAAGUGCACGCGGGACCAGUGGACAGUGUACUGCCGGGUCAUCCGAGAGAAGAACCUGUGUCAGGACAUGCGGUGGUACCAGCGCUGCUGCCAGACGUGCAGGGACUUCUAUGCCAAUAAGAUGCGCCAGCCGCCACCACCACCGAGCUCUUGACACCCGGCCCGGAGGUCCCUGAGCGACACUCUGACAUGAGGUCUGAGCCCUGAUGACAAGGCUACUUGGAAGCCCACCCACCGCGAGCACGCCAGUCCCGUGGCCAGGGCCCCAGGCCACGCCACUCCCAGGCUGUCCCGAGACUCCGAACGACUGUGUAGACCUUGAGAGUAGACUUGACGUUGGCCGCUGGUGCUUUUGUACUUAAUAUAUUAACAGCCACUGGAUGGCUUUCUGCAGUAAGGAAAAAAUAGGCCUCAGUCACAAAGUAAUUGUCACUUCUAAGGUUCCAUGUACCUCAAAGGGAACACCUCCGGCAGACUCUUGUCAGAGGGAGAGAUGACGUCUGGUGCUUCUGUCUUGGCUUUCUUUCAACGUCUGAAUUUUGGUGCUUGAUGUACCACAGGGGGAAUAAUAACCCAAAAAGGAGACAUUUUAGGCUAAAGCGGGCUUUAUUCUGAAAGCCGGCCACACCCUGGGCAGACGGACAGAAGGCUGGGGUGCCGGAGCCCGGCCACACCCCGCGAAUCAGUGCUUGGCCUCCGCCCGUCUCUGCGGGCCUGUUCUCUAGCUCCUGGGGCUCAGAAGUUCCAUCCUGAGAGCUUGAGUCUGUGUCAUCCAACGGGUGCCAGGGCCACAUGUUCUGGCAGUUUCGAACUGGGGAGGCAUCUCGUUUUCAGAUCUCUGCUGCCCACCGCUUUCUUCAAGGUGCUAUGAGACUGGACGCAUGCUCAUUUUGGCAAUGGGAUUAUUGCUUCCUGGCUUACAGGUGCGCUCAGGGCCGCUUGGCCAGGGGUCUCGGGAGCUCCUGCUCCGCCUUCCGGGGGCCUCUCUGCUAGCCAUAAAGCUUUGCAUCUCGCAAGUAGCAUCCCAGUGACCUUGGCCAUCUCUCUGAAGUUGGUGCUUUUUCAACCCUCUGAGAACUCAAGCUCAGCCCUGGGAUCUUCAGAGUAAGGCCUGGCCCAGGGAAAGUUUCCUCCAGGGGCUGGUCAGCCUACUGGGCCAGGAACACGGAUGGUGUCACCAGCCCGAAUCCCUGCACAGCCACUCAUCCUGUCCCCAGCCCAGACCCCACAGUGCCCACUGCUGUCACCCUGUCACCAUUGACCAUGUUCUCAGUGGGACAACAGCAAUGCUCAGAAAUGCAAGAGUCUCUCCCUCCUAGCAUGCCCACCCCCCUCGCAACAGAAGCCUGUCCUUGCCAGGUGAAGAUGGCAGGACCCUACUGCCCCGGAGCAGGGACCCUAGAUGCCAGGAGGCCUAUUUUGUUUGCCAACUUGGUGGGUGUUUGAUGGGUGCUUUUUGUUCAAGGACUUUACUGUGAGAGCCCACCCACCCCCACCUUGGUACCGUGGGGGUCUCACUUAGGUGCAUGUCCCUGGCACGUCUCCCAGUGCUUCUGGAUUUAUUGGUACUGUGUUUAUGUAUCUGUUUUUGUUCUUUUGAUGUCACAACUUUAGGGUUAGCUUAAAUCAGAAACGGGGAAAAGAAGCCACUCUCUGCUGUCUGCAUUCUCAACCCUGCCACACUCUGUGCUAUUUGCAGUUUUAAUACCCCAGAGUCAGAGGUGGCUGCAUGGCAGGGAAUUUCUUCAGUUCCACAUGAAUCAAGCAGCAGUGCUGAGCAACCUGUCAGGUGCUCUGUGGGGAGGACGAGGGGCACCCAGCCCCUGCCCCCAAACUGCCAGCACUUGCCCCAGGGCCGGUCCCCAAACUCAUCCUCCCCAACUCAGGCUUGGCCACCUGCAGAAUCCCAAGCCCCCAUUCCACAAAACCCACAGAUUAUUGGAGAACUAGUUUUCUCCUAGCCCCAAAUGGGCUGCGCUUCACCACAAAAUGACAGAAAGAUCGCAGCUUCUGAGCAGCAGAGCUGGACUGUGAGCUAAGAAACCCAGGGCGCCGGGCCUGCUGGCCUCUGAGCCCACCUGAGCUGGGCACGCACCUUCUCCAGUGCCUCUGAAAGGCCCCCACACCCUCCUGGUGCUUUUUCAACCCUCUGAGGACUCAAACUCAGGCCUAGGAUCUUCAGAGUAAGACCUGGCCCAUGGCAAGACCCCCAUGGCCUCAGAAUGCAAAUGAUGGAUUCAGACUCUAUUCACUCCCCAUGGUUCUCCAGAGUCUGUCUUUCUGAGUGCGCGUGGCUCAGCCAUUCAUUGCUCAGAAAUUCCCAGCCAUCCUCCGGUGGCUGGCACAGGCAGUGAUGGGUGUCGCUGAAGCCGUUGGGGCACUCUCUCCUCAGAAGACCUUAAAUCCGCUUGACGUUCUUUCAUGGUUAAGAACACCCUGUACUGUCAACCUGUGUACUGUACCCUUCUGGUGCCACAAGCGUGUGAGGAGCUCAGAGUCUCACGGUGCUCUUUUCAUUGGUGCAAACGAACCCCUCUUGGCUGACCAGGGCUUGUCAUUACCAGACACAGGGAGAGAAAGAACAUGACGCUCUCACCGCUCUGCUCUCUUUAUUUCAGAGGCAAAUGUAUAUAUUCUCCACUAGCUAACUUACAUUACAUACUGUAGCCGUGGUAUCUUCAUUGUACUUUUGGUGAUGGUUAUGAAAGAAAAAAAAAAGAGCAGAAGACAAACAUUGGACACCAUUGUAAAUGAAAAAUUAAUCAUUUCAUUGGAAGCAAGUUGAAUAUGUUUAAUAAAAUGUUUUUCCAUAACAAUUUUCAGCUGUCUGUGAAG